UCGCAAGGUAGGCGGAAAAGCGAUCUUGAAAGCGCGCGCGAGGCUGUCGGUCAAGUGACACGCGACCUCGCGUCAUCUCCAGAUGCGUCUUUACGUGCUUCAACGUCCCACGGCACGAACUGCACGAACUGCACCACAGCAUACACUCGCUCUCCCUUGCGGCGCGCAAGUUGCUUCACGGAACGUCCACUCGCUUACGUCAACGGCUGUGAGAGGGGGCGUUUUGGCGUCUUGAUGAGUGAGCUGGCAAUGGUUGGCCUGUUGCGCAGCGCCUCCGCCAAGCGCGAUUCCGAGUUCCGUUGACCGCAUCGCUGGCGCACCUGAACGACUUGACUUCCGCUCGUUUUCUGCCAUCAGGUCGGCCUGAACGGGAUCAUUGCAAGAUAUGGCUGAGGGCGUCGAUUUGGAGAAGGAGUUGACGUGUUCGAUAUGCACCGACCUGCUCUACCAACCGCUCACGCUGCUCGACUGCCUGCACACCUUCUGCGGCGCCUGCCUCAAAGAAUGGUUCGCCUUCCAGGCCUCCACCGCGACAUCCAUCCACCCCUACACCUGCCCGGCAUGUCGCGCAUCCGUGCGCAGCACGCAGCCCAACGCCAUCGUGAACACGCUCCUCGACAGCUUCAUACAGAAGAAUCCGCAGAGGGGGAAGAGCGAUGCGGACAAGAAGGUGGAUAGGGAGAAGUACAAGCCGGGGGAUAAUGUGAUGCCGAAGCUGAGGCGGAGGGCGGAGCCGGGCGAGGACGAGGAGAGGAGAGUGCUAGAGGAGGUGCAGCAGCUGAGUUUGAGGGAGGUAGGGAUUGCGGGUGAGGCUGGGAAUAAUAAUCACCUUGAGCCGCCGAGGGAGCGCAGGAGGAGGGAGCGAAGCCGCGAUCCGAGUAGAGACUCGAGGAGGAGCAGGGAUGAUAGGUCACGGAGUCGGAAUCCGCCUGAGGCUUCGUCGUCUAGGGAUGUUAUUCCCCCGAGGGAACGGCAAAGGGUGGUGGAACAUCAGUCGAGUCUGAGGUCGCUGCUUAGCGCUUCGGAGCUGGAUUCGCAAGAGAUGGAAGAGGAGAUUAUGCGCCAGAUCAUGGAGGAGGGGCUGCUGGAUGGGAUUGAUCUGAACAACAUCGACGUCGCGCAAGAGGACGCAAUCAGCGAGAGGAUAGCGCAGGCGUACAGGAGGCGAGAGGCAGAACGGCAACGGGAGAGAAGAGAAAGGAGAGAGAGGAGAGAACGACUGGCAAGAGAAGGCCAGAUCAGCCCGUCUGGUCACUCUACGCCUCCAGAAAUCCGCAGUCCUCCCGCCCGCGACGACGAACAACCACACAGGAGACCUCAGGGCCGGUCGCCAGCCGAAAACGGAACAUCAACUCCCCGAGAAGAGCGAGCAAGGCCACCGGUUUCUCGGCCUGGCCUCCUUGAAGUCGCGAAUCAGAGCGGUCGGACACGGCAUGCUCGAUCGUCAAGCCAGGGCAGCUCACGAUCAGCAAGGAGUGAGCGGGACCAUCGUCCUGCUCCUCUGGCAAUCACUUCCUCUAGGAGUGCCAAUGUGUCGCGAACUGAACUUGCCGAGAGACCAGCAACGUUGGAAAGCGCUUCUUCAGCACGACGCCGCCAAUCUGAAAAUCAGCGGCCGACUUCACUAGAGGAACGACAGCGGUUUAGGAAUAGCUUGCAAGCGCACUCUGCAUCUAACCCUAACACUCCCCGAAUCGGAGCUUUCAACGCUCCUACGGUGGACAGCCCAACGAGCUCUGCGGCUGUAGUCGCCGCUCCACUGGUCUCUCCUCUCACCACUGCUCCUUCUACAUCACCUCCCACUUCCCGCCGGACCACGGAUCCUACUGGAGUUAGGCAAGCCCGACCUUCAAAUAAUGGCACGCCUCCUAUGACUUCUCCCACAUUCCCUCGUUCUACUACGGAACCCUCUGGAAGCGAACCUCAGUCAAGACCAACAUCAAUAGCCACUGCACCUGCUCCAGUCCAGUACCCAGAGCCUCAAAUUUCAUGUAACGGGUGCGGCAAAGAGCACAUCGAACAUGACCUGCACUACAACUGCUCCCGCUGCGACAAUGGCGAUUACAACCUCUGCCUGCCCUGCUACCGCCGCGGCAAAGGCUGCAAGCAUUGGUACGGCUUUGGCUGGGCAGCAUGGCCCGCAUAUCAGCAAAAAGCACCAGCAGGCGGCUAUCCCCCAAACCACGAGUACCCCCACAUCCUCCGCGGCCACCGCUACAAAAGACCCCGAACACGUCUCUCGGAAUCGACAACACCACCACAUAUCCUCAUGAGCGAAGACGAUCCCGCGAAGCGACUCGAAAUCGGCGUUUUCUGCGAUAUCUGCAAAGCUUAUGCGAAUAGCUGCUACUGGAAAUGCGACUACUGCAACGAAGGCGAAUGGGGCUACUGCAACGACUGCGUCAACCAAGGCCGACACUGCACGCACGCCCUGCUUCCCAUAAGCCACGUUAACAAAGACGCCGCACCCUCUUCCUCCCGGGCGCCAAUCGAGGCCAUCACUUCAACCGUAACAGGGCACCUCUCCCCACCCUACCCCCUCGAUGCCUCACCUCCCACAACACCACCCUUGACGCCUAAAUCCGCCUCUCUAAUCCGCGGCCCCGGCCUCGUCGUCAUCGCGAAUACCACGUUCCGCCCGCUAACCUUCACCACGCGUUGCAAUAUCUGCACAUAUCCCAUCCCGCCCUCUCACACGCGCUAUCACUGUCCGAAGUGCAACGGAGGCGACUACGACAUCUGCACCGGUUGCUACCAGAAACUCGUCGUGAGCGGCCGGAUAAGCAAAGAGGACGGCAUGCACGGCUGGCGCCGCUGCCUGCGCGGCCACCGCAUGAUAGUCGUCGGCUUCGAAGACCGCGACGGCGGCCAACGCCGCAUCGUCGUUCGCGACCUCGUCGGCGGCCUCUCCCUGCGCGACGAGCCUCCCACCACCGCAGAGCACCAGCACCAGCAGCCCGGCUCCCCUCGCUUCCCGCCCGACGGCGGCGUCGGCCUGCGCGUCCAGGCGCGCUGGAGCUACGUCCCCGCCGAGGGCGUCACGGACGAGCUGUCUUUCCCUAAAUUCGCGGACAUCACCGAGGCCGAGGAUAUUAAUGGCGAUUGGUUCUGGGGUGUGUAUGCGGGCGCGAAGGGCCUGUUUCCAGGGAAUUAUGGCAGGGUUGUCGGCGGGAAUGUGGAGAGGGUGGGUGUUAUUUAG